GUCGAGUGUUUCUCCGCCGGUCCCCUUCGUUCUCUGGUGGCAUGGUGCCUCCUCCUUUUCGGCGGUUUGUCCAACAGACCAUCUACCAAGUCUCUGCAUCUGCCGCGUCGUUGAUAUUGGCUCUUUGGUAUAUCCAUCGUCUUCCCAUUCGUCGGACCGACUAUGACAAUUUGUCCGAAAUGGAGCGUGCCUUCCGCGACGACCUUCUUUCCUCUCGGAAUGAGAUCCCUUGGCGGAUUCUCGUUCUUGGUCUUACGUUAAGCAAUAAGUGGUUGGAAGAUAAUACCUUCACAACGAAGACUUGGCACGAGGUCACUGGGCUAAGCAUGGCAUCCAUGCGCUCACUUGAAAUGAAAGCCCUUGCUAUUUUUUCCUGGGUACUUGGGCCGCAGCCCGAUGAAUGGCUGGCAUGGAUAAGUCAACUCAGGCGACGGGAGCUGUCUACGAUUCACACGAUUGGUAGUGAGAGGGAAUAUCGCCUUGCGAAUGGUGCCGUGAAGAAGCCCGUUCAAGUCUUAGACGAGCUCAUUGCCGAGGUUAACGGUAAUGAUAUCGAGUUUGACACCUUUCCUGCCGUUACGUCCUGUGAAUCACCCCUCCUCGAUGAUCUGGAUCCUAGUGUAGGAUGUUUCGAUGCAUCCCAGCAAGAAAUUCAUCCUCGUUUAGAGAUGCUUUGGCAUACUCGUACUGUGUCAUUUCCCGAGACUCGUGGCGAGUUUAGCGAGACCUUGAACCGUGAUGCUGGGUCGUGCCGUCCUCACACCAUUCAUCGUGACCUUUUCCCUCGAAUCCCUGGUAUCUGGGAUCCUACCGAUACGGCUUUGGACUCGCCUCAACCACCUAGACCCCGUCCAUCUUACGAGGCAGUUCAGCGACCUCCUGUUGCUCCUAUUCCCCCCGCUCCCACCUGUCAUCAGCAAUAUCAACACUCAGGUUGGUAAUAACUUGGCAUUCGCAGAGGGAGGCGGGCGAGUUUCGAGGUGGUCCAGAAAGGGCAAUGAUGAAGUAGUG